AUGAGUGCCGAACCGACAGCCUCGAGCUCUCACCUCGAUCUUUCGACGGCCCAGAUCAUCAAAACCCCCAUCCCGACGGCCACCGGAAGCCUUCUGAGCUCGAACGCUUACGAAAAAACUGCAAGCAUCGGGUGCAGCUCGUUCUUCGGACCGGUACAUGAUUUCACUGCUCGGAUCUCCAAGUGGAGAGACGCCUUGAAUCUCCCCGACCCCGGCACUUACGAACAAGUCGGAAGGGAAGCCAAAGCCGUGCAUUUGACCAACUAUAUCUUCGAUGGAGCUCGUGCCGAGUUGGCUAAAGCGCUCUCAUUGAGUCCGGCAUUCAAUGUCACUCAUUCCUUCAACAUGGGUGCUCAAGGUGGAGCGAUGGGUGGAAUCAACCCGGGUACUUAUAGCUUUGGUGGAAUGUAUGCGACCAACAAUAUUUUCGCUCAAGGCACGAUCGAUAACGAUGCGACUUUGAUGGGUCGAUUCAAUUAUCGAUGGGGUCCAAAAGACAUUUCGAAAUUACAAAUCCAAUGGCCCUCGAAUCCCACGAACCCAUCGGUAACCCAAGUGGAACACGAGCGACACGGGAAGGACUAUGCACUCUCGAUGAAGGCAUACAACCCAAACAUCAGUAACCAAUCCGGUAUCUUCAUUACCCAAUACCUGCAGUCCUUGCAUCCCCGCUUCAGCCUAGGAAUCGAGUCUGUGUGGCAAGUGAUGCCGCCGAUGGAGGAUGCCAGCAUGUCCUACCUCAUGAAGUGGCAAUCCGCCAAGCGAGAGUGGAUCUCCACACUCACCCUUCAAGCCACCGGCCCCCUGCAGGCCUCUUAUUGGCAGAAACUCUCCGACCAAGUCGAAGCCGCUGUCGACCUCAGCUUCCUUCCUCACCCGUCCCCCCGCGAACGCAAGGCCAUCAGCACCGUCGGGUUGAAGUAUGACUUCAGACAAGCUACCGUUAGAGCCCAAGCCGAUAGUACUGGAAAGGUAUCCAUGCUUUUAGAGCAGCGCAUCGCCCCAAUGUUCACCUUCUCUGUUGCUGGCGAACUCGACCAUGCUAAGUCUCAAUCUAAAUUUGGGAUCGGAAUCCAAUUAGAAUCGUCUCCGUUAGAUGAAAAUUCUUUGAAAGGACUUACCCCGCCUUCUCCACCCAUGUAA